AAGUCUUAUAGACAUCAUGACAUUAUUCUCACCAUUCAUUUGCUUACUAUUAGCAUACGUUGUGGUGGGCACCCACCUAACGGUGCAAAAGUAUACCCCGGACUGGGAGUCGCUCGACAAGAGACCAUUGCCGGCGUGGUAUGACCAGGCUAAAGUGGGCAUUUUUCUACACUGGGGAGUUUUCUCCGUUCCCUCAUAUGGCACCGAAUGGUUUUGGCAUCGCUGGGUGGCCGACAAAAAGAAAGAUUUCGUAGACUUCAUGACAAAGAACUAUAGGCCGGGCUUUACUUACGGAGAUUUUGCCGCUCAGUUCACGGCUGAGUUUUAUGACCCCAAAUAUUGGGCUGAAAUAUUCAAAGCAUCGGGUGCUAAGUAUGUGGUGCUGACGACCAAACAUCACGAAGGCUUCACAUUAUGGCCAUCGAAGGUGUCCUAUAACUGGAAUGCUAUGGAUGUCGGACCCAAUCGGGAUUUAGUCGGUGAUUUAUCGACUGCUGUAAAGGACGCCGGUCUUCAUUUCGGUGUUUAUCACUCACUCUAUGAAUGGUUUAAUCCUUAUUUCCUAAAGGACCAGGCUAACAAUUUUACCACUAAUGAAUUUACUAAAAUAAAAACUCGUCCAGAAUUAGAGGAAUUGGUUAAUACAUACAAACCGGAUCUGAUUUGGUCUGAUGGCAGUGGUGGUGCUCACCCCGAGUACUGGGAAGCUCAAAAAUUUUUUGCCUGGCUAUACAACGAUAGUCCCGUAAAGGAUACCAUUGUUGUCAACGAUAGAUGGGGGUCGGGAACUGCUGGCAAGCAUGGUGAUUUCUUUAACUAUCACGAUAGGUAUAACCCGGGAGUACUACAGAAACACAAGUGGGAGAACGCCAUGACUAUAGACAAGCAUUCGUGGGGUUAUAGACGUAAUGCCAAAUCAACCGACUAUUUGUCUACUCAUGAUUUGCUCCUAACAUUGGCUCAGACUAUCAGUUGCGGUGGAAAUAUCCUGAUAAACAUCGGUCCGACACACGACGGCGUUAUUAAACCGGUAUUUGAGGACAGAUUACGGGAUUUGGGGCACUGGCUGUCCGUCAAUGGAGAGGCCAUCUAUGAAAGCAAACCCUGGAAACACCAAAACGAUACGACAACCAAAGAAUAUACCCCGGACUGGGAGUCGCUCGACAAGAGACCAUUGCCGGUGUGGUAUGACCAGGCUAAAGUGGGCAUUUUUCUACACUGGGGAGUUUUCUCCGUUCCCUCAUAUGGCACCGAAUGGUUUUGGCAGCGCUGGAAGACCGAGAAAAAGAAAGACUUCGUAGACUUCAUGACAAAGAACUAUAGGCCGGGCUUUACUUACGGAGAUUUUGCCGCACAAUUUACCGCAGAAUUCUUUGACCCUGCUUAUUGGGCUGAGAUUUUCAAAGCAUCGGGUGCUAAGUAUGUGGUGCUGACGACCAAACAUCACGAAGGCUUCACAUUAUGGCCAUCGAAGGUGUCCUAUAACUGGAAUGCUAUGGAUGUCGGACCCAAUCGGGAUUUAGUCGGUGAUUUAUCGACUGCUGUGAAGAACGCCGGUCUUCACUUCGGUGUUUAUCACUCGCUAUUUGAAUGGUUCAAUCCGUUUUAUCUAAAGGACCAGGCUAACAAUUUUACCACUAAUGACUUCACCAAAAUAAAAACUCGUCCAGAAUUGGAGGAAUUGGUCAAUACAUACAAACCGGAUCUCAUUUGGUCUGAUGGUGACGCUGGUCCCGCUGAAUAUUGGGAAAGUCAAAAAUUUUUAGCCUGGCUGUAUAACGACAGUCCCGUAAAGGAUACCAUUGUUGUCAACGAUAGAUGGGGAAAUGGUGUUAGUGGUAAGCAUGGUGAUUUCUUCAACUAUGCCGACAGGUAUAACCCGGGAGUCUUACUUAAGCACAAGUGGGAGAACGCCAUGACUAUAGACAAGCAGUCGUGGGGUUAUAGGCGUAAUGCCAAAUCAACCGACUAUUUAACUACUCAUGAUUUGCUCGUAGAAUUGGCCCAAACUAUCAGUUGCGGUGGAAAUAUCCUGAUAAAUGUUGGGCCGACACACGACGGCGUUAUUAAACCGGUAUUUGAGGACAGAUUACGUGAUUUGGGGCACUGGCUGUCCGUCAAUGGAGAGGCCAUCUAUGAAAGCAAACCCUGGAAACACCAAAACGAUACGACAACUAAAGAAGUUUGGUAUGUAUUGACACAAAUAGACAUUAAUUACAACUAA